AUGGUCCAGAGUUGGCGGGCAGCAGGUUUGUCAUCUUUGAUUGAACCCCGUAUUCAUAAUUUUAAUGAUGUUAAAUCCCUUAUUCUCGAUAUUUGUCAUAGAGAGGAUAGAAGGGAUGCCGGUAGGUUCGCGGUGCUGUUGGAUGAAUUAUGGAAGAAUAGGAAUAAUAUUGUUUGGAAUGACACGCGGGAAGAGGCGACAAAAGUUGGGUUGCAAGCCUACUUCAGUUGGCAUGAUUGGUUCUUAGCAAGAAGGACUGAGGAGGGGGUACAGGAACCUCCUUCACCUACCGUUUGGACACCGCCUGAUGAAGGUAAAUUCAAGUGCAACGUUGAUGCCGGCUAUAAUAAUAGUUUGGGUACUUCAAAUAGAGGGUGGUGUGUUAGAAACAAUGGUGGUCAUUUUAUUAUCGCAGGUGUAGCUUGGAACUACGGUUUGUUACCAACUAAUGUUGCGGAAGCAAUGGCGUUGAAAGAAGCUAUGCAAGGUGCUAUUUCCCUUCAGUUGAAUAAUGUUAUUUUUUAG